UCGAACUACGAUGGCGACUCUCGCGAGAGUGUGGUUAUGUCACACGAUAACAAAACUUUAUCCCAAGAGUCUCCAUCGAGCAAUAUAAGUUGACGGAAGUCAAAAUGAAUUUCAUCGGGCGACAAUGUUUGAGAAUUUUGCGAAAUAACGUGAAAGAUCAAAAUUUGUCCUACAAUCUUAGUGGAGUGUCUGGUUUUAAGAGUGCCGUGUCGUUAGAGAAUUUAUACCCGGAAAGCAAACAGAAACUGCAUACUCCGAGCUUUGUACCAGAUCCCAACUUGAAAUUCAAUGGUUUCAUACCCAUGAACAAGUUGAAAAUUUCAUACAGUGCCAGCAGUGGACCAGGAGGACAGAAUGUCAAUCGUGUCAACACCAAAGUCGAUCUGAGAUUCCAACUGAGUACUGCUACCUGGCUGUCAGAAGAAAUCAGAACAAAGUUAGCAGAACAGAAUAAAAACAAAAUAAACAAGGAUGGUUACUUGAUAAUCAAGUCAGAUUUAACAAGAUCCCAACACUUAAAUCUAGCUGAUGCCCUGGAAAAGCUAAGGACAAUGAUAAGAUCUACUCUGGUGGAAUCACCAAAACCAUCACCCGAAACAGAGGAGAAAAAGAGGAAGAACUUAUUGAGAGCCGCCAGGCAGAGGCUACAUGAGAAGAGAGCUCAUUCUCUAAUCAAGCAAAGCAGAAAAGCUGUACCAAUGGAUUUUUAACAAAAACUUAAUUCAAUUAAUUUACCUAUUUAAGCACUGUACAGUAUACACAGAUAUAUAAAAUAAUGACAUAAUAAAGAAAAAAAGUUUA